UUACCGAUCAGAAACCUUAGCGAAACUCAACUAGCCUUAACAAAUAACGAGUGUGGCUGCUCUAUUAAUAAGAAAGAAGAAACCGAAACUUCUGGAACUACGAAAAAAUGUGGCGUUUGGCCGGAUACUGUUGCUCAACAAAAAUGCCCUUGUGGUAAAAAUGAUACAUGGUUUGCUACACCAGUAAUUGAAAUACAUCAGGGUAAAUUAUUUGGAAAAGUAUGUGCAGAUUUAAAUGGAAGAUCGUAUCAUAGUUUUCAAGGUAUUCCAUAUGCAAAACCCCCGCUUGAACAUUUACGUUUUUUGUCUCCAGUACCCCCAGAUUCUUGGGGUGAUGAAAUUUUAGAUUGCAGUAUGGAAAGUGAUGCAUGUUUUGCUGUAAAUAGUGAUAUGAAAACUCCAGGUGGAAAUGAAAAUUGUUUAUUUUUAAAUGUUUAUACACCGUAUUUACCAGAAGAGCAUGCUGAACUACUUCCUGUAAUGGUUUGGAUACAUGGUGGGAAAUUUCAUCAAGGUUCUUCAAGCUGUGAGCUUUUUGGGCCUGAAUUUUUAGUAGCAAAAGAUGUUGUUCUUGUUACAUUAAAUUAUCGAUUAGGUUAUUUUGGUUUUCUGAAGCUAAAUGACCCAGAAGCAGGUGCUCCUGGUAAUGCAGGUCUAAAGGAUCAAGUUCAAGCUUUACGUUGGGUAAAACAUAAUAUUGAAUUUUUUUGUGGUGAUAAGAAUAAUAUUACAAUUUUUGGUUCGAGUGCUGGAGGUGCUUCUGUCCAUUUAAUGACUUUAUCACCUCUUACAAAAGGCCUAUUUCAUAAAGCUAUCAUACAAAGUGGUGUUGGUUUAUGUCCUUGGGCAUUUCAAAUACGUAAAGAUUAUGAAUUGGCUCGUGCUUUUGGCUGUAAAUCCAAUGAUGAUAAACAAAUCUUAAAAUUUUUACAACAAAUCAAGCCGCAGCGAUUUAUCCAGCAAGAACAAUCUAUAUUUCCAGUUUCGCAACGAAUGGUAGCAGAAAUAUGCACAGCCACACCGACUGUAGAACAACCGCCAUUACUUGGAUCGUUUAUUUCUAAAAAACCUGAAUGUCAAAUGGCUACCGGAAAUUUUCAUCAUGUUCCAAUUAUGAUUGGUGUGAAUAGAAACGAGGGAUUAUCGUUUUUAAAUGCGAAAUUUUUUCAAAAAAUUUCACCACAAUUUAUCGAUAAUACUCUUUUAAUCCCGAGGGAUUUGAGAAAUAUGUUGCGGACAGAUCAACAAGUAAAGGAAUUUGGUGAUAAAAUCAAGGAAUUUUAUUACAACGGUGAUUGUCCAUCGCUUUCCAAUUUAGACAAAUAUUGUGACUAUUUUACAGACGUUGCAUUUGCCCAAAAAGUUCAAUUAACCGCAAAAUAUUACGCUAAGCAUAAGAUUCCAGUUUACAAUUAUUGUAUAUCACUUGAUACAUCAAUCAAUGGCGAACGAUUACGUCACGGUACCGAAUAUAAAGGUACAAAUCACUAUGACGAAAUCACAUAUUUAUUUAAAACACCUGAAACACCUUGUAUUAUACCACAUACACCCGAAGCGAUUGGUAUACAUAUAAUGACAACAUAUUGGACAAAUUUUGCUAAAUAUUCCAAUCCGAAUCCACCAACUCCAGACGAUUACGACGCCUACAUAAAUAUAGAAUGGAAACCAUAUACAUUGCAAGAACCAUUUUAUAUGGAUAUUGAUAAAAAAUUAUCUCUUAAACAGAAUUUGUUUAAAGAUCGUAUGGAAUUUUGGGAUCAGCUUUAUGUGGAAGCUUCUAUUGCGCACUCGAGUUUACGUUAA